CACAUCCACUGGCGCUCGACUUGACCGAUGCAAGUCAAGCUCGCACAGCCACUUGAUGUCUACUAGCAGAGGGAGUUGCUUACAUGAUGUGUGACUGCUUUAGAAAGUCACCAUACUACAAGCGCCUCGACAUCGCGUCGCCGCAAUGCUAGAGUUUCGAACGCAGGGCUUUCAAGGCUACGCGGUGAAGUAUUCUCCUUUCUUCGACAAUCGCAUCGCCGUCGCGGCGUCAGCAAACUAUGGCUUGGUGGGAAAUGGACGGCUUUUUGUCUUGGAGUUGACACCGCAUGGCAUCGUGCCUUUGAAGACCUAUCCCACCCAAGACGCCCUCUACGACGUAACACAUUCCGAAGCGCAUUCAUUUCAUGUCCUGACUUCCUCCGGAGACGGUUCGUUACGACUUUACGACGUUUCUCUGGCCCCUGAAUUCCCGAUAGCCACAUUCCAAGAACAUUCGCGAGAAGCCUUCUCAUGCAGUUGGAAUCUCACCUCGAAAGCCACAUUUGCCUCCUCGUCGUGGGAUGGCUCCGUCAAGAUAUGGAAUCCUGAACGGCAGCAGAGUCUGCUGACACUACCGACGCACUCGUGUACAUACAGUACGCAAUGGAGCCCGCACACAGACGGAAUGUUGAGCGCUGUGUGUUCAGACAGCCAUUUACGAGUAUGGGAUCUGAGAACACCGGCGAGCGCCAGCAAUCACCUCACUAUGCAGAUCCCGAUCCAUUCACCUCCUUUGUCAGUGGGUGUAGGGAAGCUCCAACCAACGUUCCCGCCGGCAGAAGCACUUACUCAUGACUGGAACAAAUAUCGAAGCACGAUCGUGGCUACAGCUGGAGUUGACAGAAUCAUUCGAACAUUUGACAUUCGGCAACCGAAGGGGCCCUUGCAGUUGUUGCAAGGCCACGGGUACGCGGUGCGGAAGGUCGCAUGGAGUCCACACCUCCCAGAUCUCUUACUGAGUGCCAGCUACGACAUGACUUGUCGGGUGUGGACAGAUGGUGGUGACCAGGGCGGUCCGGCUCGAGAGCUCGGGCAGAUGGGACGACAUACCGAAUUUGUGACGGGAGUGGAUUGGUGUCUGUUUGGCAGUGAAGGAUGGGCGGCGAGUUGUGGUUGGGACGAAAGGCUCUGUGUGUGGGAUGUACGAUCAGUCAUGCACCCAUAAUACAACCCAAGAGGUGUAUGAGUGCUCGGAUGGAAGGAAUUGAUUGGAUAUAGUUGCGAUCUGAGUGCCAGCAUCGGAUAGCCAGGAGCAUGAUAGCGUCCAACCUUGGUGUUAAUGCAGUGACAGAUUUGAAGGUUUCAAGUCUGUCUGCGUCAAGGCUGAUCUGGGUCGGAAACAAGGCUCUUCGCCGUGUUAUGUUACAUCCUCCCAAGAGAGGCAGCUGAUAUCUGGGAAGCCGCAGUCCUGGCGUAAAUUAUAUGUAUCCGUAACGAGCCAAUCAGACUGUAUAGAAGCUCUCGUAGAAGGA